UAUAGAAACUCUCAAUUCCAUUACUGUCCGCUUCGCUUUCUUUCAUAAAUAAUCUCCACUUUCUGAAAAACCCUCCGCACUCCUCACCGAAACGAUUCCUCUCUCUCUCUCUCUCUCUCUUCUCACUUGCAUUUUCCGGCGACUGGUUUCACCUGCCGUGUUGGGAGGAUAAGCUUUGUGAAUGUGAACAUAUUUGGAGAAGAGUAGUUAUCUGGAGGAAGUCUUCUUUUUGUUUUGGCAACCAUGGUUAUAGGCUUAAAGGCGAAGAAUCACAGAGGUCCUACUGUUCAGAUUGAUUAUCUAGUCCAUAUUCUCGAGAUUAAGCCUUGGCCGCCGUCACAGUCACUUAAGUCGCUGCGUUCCGUGUUGAUUCAGUGGGAGAAUGGAGACCGUAGUUCUGGUUCGACCAAUGCUGUUGUCCCGUCGAUUGGUUCGGUUGUCGGUGAGGGAAGAAUUGAGUUCAAUGAGUCUUUUAAGUUACCUGUGACUUUGCUGAGGGAUGUGGCUGUAAAAGGUGGUGUAAAAGGAGGUGGUGAAGGUGAUGCAUUUCUGAAGAAUUGCUUGGAGUUAAACUUGUAUGAGCCUCGGAGGGAUAAGACUGCGAAAGGACAGUUGUUGGCGACUGCGAUUAUAGAUUUAGCUGAUUAUGGUGUUGUGAAAGAGUGCAUAAGUGUAAGUGCUCCGAUGAACAGUAAGAGGAGCUUUAAGAACACAGAUAAACCGAUUUUGUAUAUGAAAAUUCAGCCGUUUAAGAAGGGUCGUGCCAGCUCCUCGUCUAGGGAAAGCUUGUCAAGAGGGGUAUCACUGGACAAGGCGGGUGGUGAGUCUGUUUCGGCAAUGAUGGAUGAAGAGUAUGGUGAUGAAGCGGAAGUUGCGUCUUUCACAGACGACGAUGUUUCCUCCCACUCAUCUCAGACGGUAUCUUCUUCUCUAGAAACAAAUCGUGGGCUGUCUCCUCCGAAAGAUGAGAAUGGACAAGACAAAGUGCCUCAUAAUGCAAAGCAUUCCUUUGCCUCAAACCUAGGCGCUGAAAAAUCAAGAACAAUACCUCAGAGUGCACCACAAGAAUAUCUGAAGGGAAGUUCAUCAUGCUCAUCAUCAGUUGACUUGUCUUCUGACCCUGGUAGCCCUGUAAAUGGUCAUGCUUCUGUAGCUUACUCUCACAGCUCUAGUUCGGCGACACUCAUAAAAACUGGUGGUUCCCAGAUUGUCUCUUCUUCUUCCUCAUCAUCAUUGAAUGAAAAUGCAGAGGAGUCCAACACCAGCAUGAGAAGCAAUGGCCAUGCACAUGCCCAGGAGGUAAACGAUAAGGUUGUCAACGGCAGAAGUAAAGUUACUGCUGAUAUUCAACAGAGUAGCAAGGAUGAUGAGAAAGCUCAGGAAAUUGGCAGAGAUUCCGUGGUGGCUGCUGGUGGUGGUGAUAUUUACGAUAGUUCUAUGGAGGACAAAGACGGACAGAAACAAGAAGAAAAUGGUGAUGAAAGACAAAAUUGUGAUGAGGAGAACCAUUCUAGGGAAGGUGAAUCAUACAUUGCAGGUCAUGCUAAUGGGAAACAUGUUCCACUAGGAAUGAAUGGAGUUAUUGUAAGCAAUGAGAAAUUAAAGCCUGUCAAGUCUGUUAGGUCAGUUGCUGACUUAAGUAAGAAUACAUUAUCUAGGAAUGAUCAGCAUGUAGAGGUAAAGGAUGGUGUUCAGGGAGAUACGCAGAAGAGUGCAGAUGUUGCAGGAAACCUCAGAGUUAAGGAAAGGAAAGAGGCUAAGGUGUAUCCCAAGGAUACAAGAAGUGUCAUUUUAGAAAGCAAGGUUAAUCAGUUGGAGCACAGAAUAAAGAUGCUUGAGGGAGAGCUAAGAGAAGCUGCAGCUGUCGAGUCUGCUCUUUAUUCAGUAGUUGCUGAGCAUGGAAGUUCCAUGAGUAAGGUCCAUGCUCCAGCUCGGCGCCUUUCUAGGUUGUAUCUUCAUGCUUGUGGAGAAACUUCACGUUCUAGGAGAGCCAGUGCAGCUAGAAGUGUUGUUUCAGGACUAGUUUUGGUUGCAAAAGCAUGUGGGAAUGAUGUUCCAAGGCUAACAUUUUGGCUCUCAAACUCGAUUGUCUUGAGAACAAUUAUAAGCCAGGCAACUGGGGACCCUGAACUUCCCAAGUCUGCCAGGUCUUCUAUUGACAGAAAUGGUGCUGAAAAAGUUAAACAUAAGGCUUCAUCUCCAUUAAAAUGGGAGGCUCCAUCCUCUGGGAAAAAACAAGGGAUGAAACUAUUGAACGGAAGUUUUGGUGACUGGGAGAACCCAAAUUCGUUUACGUCCACACUGGAGAAGAUUGAAUCAUGGAUCUUCUCCCGAAUAGUUGAAUCUAUCUGGUGGCAGACUUUGACACCACAUAUGCAGUCGGUUGCUGCAAAGGCAAUUGAUGAAAAUAUUGGUUCAGUGUCACGAAAGAAUUAUAGAAGGACAUCUAGUUCAGUUGAUCAAGAGCAAAGUGACUUUUCAUUAGACCUUUGGAAGAAGGCUUUCAGGGAUGCUUGUGAAAGACUUUGUCCAGUAAGAGCUGGUGGACAUGAAUGUGGCUGCUUGCCUUUGUUGUCUAGAUUGGUCAUGGAGCAAUCGGUGGCUAGAUUAGAUGUGGCAAUGUUCAAUGCCAUUCUCCGUGAAUCUCCUGACGAGAUCCCCAGUGACCCUGUGUCCGAUCCCAUCAGUGAUUUGAAGGUUCUUCCAAUUCCAGCUGGGAAAUCUAGUUUUGGGGCAGGUGCACAGCUGAAGAGUGCGAUUGGGAACUGGUCCAGAUGGCUAACUGACCUAUUUGGUAUCGAUGAUGAUGACUCAUUUGAAGACGUAAAUGGACAUGGUGAUAAUGAUGAGAGACUUGAUACAUCCUUCAAGUCCUUUCAUCUGCUUAAUGCAUUGAGUGAUCUCAUGAUGCUUCCAAAGGACAUGCUCUUAAGCAAAUCCAUCAGAAAAGAGGUAUGCCCUACAUUUGCUGCACCACUGAUCAAAAGGAUUCUUGACAACUUUGUCCCUGACGAAUUUUGCACUGACCCAAUUCCAGACAUUGUGCUUGAAACCCUGGAGUCUGAGGACACUCUUGAGAUUGGGGAGGAGGCUCUCACAAACGUCCCAUGCACUGGACCUGUUACAGUCUAUUUGCCACCCUCAACAGCUUUGGUUGCAAGUAUAAUUGGAGAUGCUGGAGGCCAAUCACAGCUGAGAAGAAGCGGGUCUUCAGUGGUCAGGAAAUCUCACACCAGUGAUGAUGAGCUUGAUGAACUGAAUUCUCCCCUGGCCUCAAUCUUCAUAGGUUCUUCCGGGUCUUCACCAGUUGCAUCAAAGCCUAACUGGGUUCCGAAGGGAAACAUCAAUCAAAAUGCUGUCAGAUAUGAACUCCUUCGGGAUGUUUGGAUGAAUAGCGAGUAGGUAGUGAGUAGUGACAAAAGGAAAUCAGAGUACUAUAGAUAAAUAAUUUGUUUCUCUGUUCCCUUUUGGAGUUGUAAAUCUACGCUCCGUUUUUGGCUGGUCACUAUUCUGAUGUUGAUGUACAAAAAAGGUAGAAAUUCUUGUAGCAUAUCCAGAUGUUUGAAAUAUUUUAUAAUGGAGUGCC